AUGGACAAAGGCAAAGGAAAGGAAUUUAUCAUUGAUUUGAACGAUGAAGACUUUGAUUACCAAUAUGAUAACAUUGUUAAAACUGAGUCUGAUGAAGAGGCCAUUCUAGUUUCGGACAAGAUUUUUAAUGAUUUAACUGUUGAAGAUGUAUGGAAGAUGGAGUUUAGCUCAGUAGAGGAGGCAGAAGAAUUUUAUAAUUUAUUUGCUAAAGUUACCGGAUUUAGUGUUAGAAAGGAUGAUGUGAAACGAGAUAAAAAUCAAAAUAUAGUAUCUCGUAAGUGGGUUUGUUCGAAAGAAGGAUAUCGACAUAGAGUGUGUUUAGAGAAUGAAAAUCGAAAACGAGAACCUAAGCCAGUAACUCGAGUUGGUUGUGAGGCAACGUUUCGGAUUGCGUUUAAUAAACAAAUGAAUAAGUGGGUUGUGAAAGAGUUUAUGGCUGAUCAUAAUCAUCCUUUGGUGGAACAAAAAAAUGUCCAAUUCCUUCGAUCCCAUAGGGUCAUUAAAAAUGCAGAUAAAGCUCAAUUGAAUGCAAUGCGAAGUGUUGGCAUGGGAACUAGCCAAAUUAUGGAUUACAUGGUGCAACAAUCAGGUGGAUAUAAAAAUGUUGGCUUCACAAAAAAAGAUUUAUAUAACCAUGUUGAUGUUGAUCGUAGAGUUCAUCUAAGAGAUGGUGAUGCAGAGGGUGCUCUAGCGUAUUUGUGUGGAAAGUCUGAAAUGGAUCCAUCAUUUUAUUACAAGCACAAUGUUGAUGAAGACAACCGUCUAGCAAACCUGUUUUGGGCAGAUUCUACUAGUAAAUUGGAUUACAGUUGUUUUGGAGAUGUGUUAGCAUUUGAUACAACUUAUCGGACUAAUGCUUAUAAAAAACCGUUGGUCAUACUAGUUGGCAUUAACCAUCACCAUCAAACUAUAGUGUUUGGAUGUGCAUUAUUGGUAGAUGAGAGUGUUAGCACUUAUACUUGGGUCUUGGAGACUUUUUUGGAUGCAAUGAAUAACAAGAAGCCUCUUUCUGUUAUUACUGAUGGGGAUAAAGCAAUGCGUAAAGCCAUCAAGAGGAUAUUUCCAGACUCUUGUCAUCGAUUAUGUGCUUGGCAUAUUCAACGCAAUGCAUUCACUAAUGUCCAUGUCAAAGAUUUUACUAAUCAUUUUUCUAAGUGCAUGUUCAUGGAAGGCACCGUUGAAGAAUUUGAAUGUGCAUGGAAUGACAUGUUGGAAAUGUUUAAUCUUCAUGGACAUAAGUGGGUGACAGAUAUAUAUGCUAAGCGUUCUAGAUGGGCAGAGGCUUAUUUAAGGGGCAUUUCUUUGCUGCUGUUUGAGUUUGUCAAGCAUUUUGAUAGAGCACUCUCACGUAUUCGUCAUAAUGAGGCAAAGGCAGAGUUUGAGACACACCAUUCUUCAGCUGUUCUAACAACCAAACUCUAUGCACUUGAGAAAUAUGCAGGGACUGUUUUCACAAGGCAAUCUUUUCUAAAAUUUAGGGAUGAGAUGAAGAAUGCAGAAUUGUUUUUCCCUGUCAGUACAGAAAAUCAUGGAGGUUAUCGUGUCCAUACAUUGACCAAGUUUAGAAGCCCUGACAAGAUUUGGAAAUUGGUUUUCCAUGUCCCCACAUGA